AUGAUGCUAUAUUGCAAAGAGAAAGGGGAUUCUAGUGUAAUGAUAUAUGAAUUGCGAAAUAUAUAUGGAUGGAUGAGCAACAUACAGCUUUCGAGUCCAACGUAUAACGUGAACUCUACUGAACAUGAUAAGAAAAGAACUGAUUACUGCUUUAAUGCUAGAGAAACAGCUAGUGUUGAAAGAAGUAAUCCAGAAAAGACUAGGCUUGAUGACGAGUAUCUUCUUCGUCCUAUACAGGAUGUUGAGGCAGAUGGUAAUGGCUCCAUCGUUCCAACUUCUGACCUUCAACCUGACUCCAACAUGAAGUAUCAAGGUUUAGGUACGAGUCCUUACUUAGAAUGGCAGCAUGGGAAAGAGGACGAGUUAAGUAAGAUCAAAGAAGGUCAAGAAAGGCAAGUUGUCAAGCAGGAAAGUUCUGCCAUGCAGAUUUUUUCAUUAACACCAUAUAAACUACAGUAUGGACUCACAAAGCAAGAGCAUGCUUUUGCUGGAGCAUUUGCUGGUAUAUUUGUCAGCCUGUGUCUGCAUCCCAUGGAUACAGUUAAGACUGUCGUUCAGUCUUGCUGUACUGACCAAAGAUCUAUUCAAUACUUGGGCAAAUCAAUUCUGCAUGAAAGAGGUUUAUCAGGACUUUACUGUGGAAUUGCAAGCAAUAUUGUUUCUUCAGCACCUAUUUCUGCAAUUUACACUUUCAGUUAUGAAUCAGUAAAGGGAGCAUUGCUUCCCCUCUUUAUCAAGGCAUUCUGA